AUGAACCUGCCCCUCUCCGACCCGAUUCUGCUGGCCCAGGACAUUCCCGAGACUCUCACGGCGCGCCUGCGAUCGUCGGGCCAGGCAGUGUGCAUCCGCUUCUCCCACCGCGGCGACCUGCUCGCAUCCGGCACCGCCAAAGGCACAAUCGCCAUCUUCGACCUCGAGACCAAUGGAGUUGCGCGAAAGCUCAAAGGCCACACUGCUGGCAGGACUGUGCAGUCGUUGUCCUGGGAGAAGAGUGGCCGCUACCUGCUCAGUAGCAGCAUAGAUUGGAAGGUGAUCCUGUGGGACUUGCAAGAUGGCAGCAGAGUACGCACGGUCAACCUGGGCGCGCCAGUCUACAUCGCAGAACUGCAUCCCGCCAAUCACAGAAUGUGUGUAGCAGCUCUAUACGAGUAUAGGCCUGUGCUGGCAGACUUCACUCACGACACGAAGGUCAAGCAGAUGGCCCUCCCCAACCUGCCCAAGCGAGCGCCUCACGAAGAGAGUGGCGAGAAGGCGGAUGCUAAGCACUUCGCCACUGUCGCUGCCUUUACGCCAAGUGGAAAGUACAUAAUCACCGGCACCACCAAGGGAUGGCUGAAUGUCAUCAACACCGAAACCCGCGAGACUGUUCACAGCAAUCGCCUGUGCAGCAAGCCUAUUCUGCUCAUCCGCUUGAGUAGCUCCGGUCGAGAUCUCCUCGUCAACGCUUCUGACACCAUAAUACGCACCAUCAAGCUUCCUGACUUGUCAAAUCCCAAUCUGCAGCCCGACAGCAUCCGCUUGGAAGUCGAACACAAAUUCCAGGAUGUUGUCAAUCGCCUGUCAUGGAACCACGUGGCCUUUAGCAGCAAUGCUGACUAUGUCAUGGCUUCGACACUUAUGAACCACGACAUCUACAUUUGGGAGAGAGGGCACGGAUCAUUGGUGAAGAUUCUGGAAGGGCCGAAAGAAGAGCUGGGAGCUGUGGAGUGGCAUCCUGUGCGGCCAUUUGUCGCAGCCACAGGAGUUGAGAGCGGUCGCAUCUACCUGUGGUCCAUCAACACUCCUCAACGAUGGUCUGCACUUGCGCCAGAUUUCGUGGAGGUAGAAGAGAACGUGGAGUACAUCGAGCUGGAAGAUGAGUUUGACAUUCACGAUCAGUCCGAGCUACAAAAGCGACGACUCGAUCAAGAAGAUGAGGAGGUGGACGUGUUGACUGUGGAUGAAGAGCAGCUGGAGCGAGAGGGCAGAAAUGCCAAGGAUGGCACAGCGAAGGCCGGAGAGGAGUUUCGUAUGCCCGUUCUGCUGGACAUGGACGAUUCUGACAGCGAGGAUGAAAUAGUGGCCAUCGGCGCUGGUCAGUUCAGAAGAAAGAGCACCGCCCAGGCUGACGAGAUGGAAUUCGUGGACGGCGAGGAUCUGGUGAACGGAGAGCCCGAGAGCAAUGGACAUGCUGGUACGAAGCGACGACGAGGAGAUUGA